AUAAGACUCCGGAUUUCUAUUGGCGAAUCCACCCACGCCCAUUUUACGCUCCCCAAAUCCGAGUUGAAGGUGAAAGUCUUCCUUCCUUCAUCCCGUCAGAACCGCCGCUCCGCUCGCACAGCUUGCCUCUCCAGCCGGUGAAACAAAGUACAGCCAUGUCAGUGUUUGGUGAGGUCCCCCAGGCGGCCCCUGUGGCCGUCUUCAAGCUGUCGCAGGACUUCAACAACGACCAGUUCCCCAAUAAGGUGAACCUCGGAGUGGGAGCCUACAGGACGGACGAAGGCAAGCCCUGGGUUUUGCCCGUGGUGAAAAAGGUGGAGAAGGUGAUUGUGCACGAUGACCAGCUAAACCACGAGUACCUGCCCAUCCUGGGUCUACCUGAGUUCAGAUCCUUGGCCUCCAAGAUCGCACUGGGAGAAGACAGUCCUGCCAUCCGGGAGAACAGGGUGGGGGCUGUCCAGUGUCUGGGUGGGACAGGUGCUUUGAAGAUGGGUGCGGAGUUUCUUAGGCGAUUCCACAACGGAAACAACAACACUAAAACGCCCAUCUACGUGUCUGCACCUACCUGGGAAAAUCACAACGCUGUAUUCAGCAACGCCGGCUUUGAGGACGUCCGUCCAUACAAGUACUGGGACGCAGAGAAGAGGGGCCUCGAUCUGGCCGGUUUCCUUGGGGACUUAGAAAGUUGUCCAGAGCACUCAGUCUUUGUCCUGCAUGCCUGCGCCCAUAAUCCAACGGGCACGGACCCAACACAGGAGCAAUGGAAGCAAAUCGCGAACGUUAUGAAGAGGAGGAACCUGUUCGUGUUCUUUGACUCAGCCUAUCAAGGAUUCGCCUCGGGCAACCUGGAGAAGGAUGCCUGGGCGGUGCGCUACUUUGUCUCCAUGGGCUUUGAAAUGUUCUGUGCUCAGUCGUUCUCCAAGAACUUCGGCCUUUAUAAUGAACGCGUGGGAAACCUGACAGUCGUGGCUCGUGACGCAGACAACCUGAAGAGAGUUCUGUCUCAGAUGGAGAAGAUUGUCAGGACAACCUGGUCCAACCCGCCGUCUCAGGGAGCCCGCAUCGUUGCGGUCACUCUUAACUCACCCGAGCUCUUCGCUGAAUGGAAGGACAACGUGAAGACCAUGGCUGACAGGGUCUUGCUGAUGCGGGCUCAGCUGAAAGCUAAGCUCCAAGCUCUGGGGACACCGGGGACCUGGGACCACAUCACAGACCAGAUCGGCAUGUUCAGCUUCACGGGCCUCAACCCCAAACAAGUGGAGUAUUUAGUGAAGGAGAAACACAUCUACUUGAUGGCCAGCGGCCGCAUCAACAUGUGUGGUUUGACCACCAAGAACAUCGACUACGUGGCCGAGUCCAUCCAUGAGGCCGUCACCAAGGUCCAGUAGAGGACUGAACUACACCCCGCCGUGCUGCCCGGCUCUGAGCCGCCCUCGUCCCAGGGACAGCGAUGGUGUUCAUCAGGUUUUCUCGAGCAAAUUUGCACAAAUGCACAGACAGCUCGCCGGCCGUCUCUUCUUCAUUUCAGUGUUUGUGCUAAGCUAGGCUAAACGCAUCGUGGUCCUGUUUCUCUAGAAUGCACAAAGGUGCAAUAGGUACACAUCAUCUCAUCCGAGGUGCAGCAUUUACCGGAAUAGGUUAGUUAUGUGAUUAUGUUCAUAAUUCGUCAUCUCGUUUUCACUGUGUUGGUCACCUACUUAUAGCACGUAGUUCGUAUUUUUUUUUUUUUUGGCGUGUGGUGUAUUAUAAGUUUAUGUGUCAUUACCAGGACAUUUGGAAGGGUUACUAAGUCUGUGACUGUGUUCCAGUUACCUCAGCAGUGCUGCCGUCUAAAAAUGUUCAACUGUAGUGAUUCAUCCAUUCCGAGAGUUAAUAUAAUGUUUCCAUUUUAAAAGCAGCAUUUGCUGUUAAACUCCAUCGUCUUCCCGAAAAGAUUAUACUAAUUACCUCACUUUUAAUCUGCGUCUCUGGAGUAUCUUUAUGGAUUUUUUUUUUUUUAUUAUUAUUUCUUUAUGGAUUCACAAAGCACAAAUGACACUGAGCGCCGAUAACAGGUGUCAUGACUCUAGAGUAACCUCGGCGUCCGCUGCUGCGAGCUGAACGUUUCUGGUUCUGACAGGAAACGGCCAGUGAAUAUUGACUGUUCAUAACAGUAAAGCACUGUUAUGCAAGACUCUCAUUGCACAAACACACUAAUGAUCAACCGGUUUGCUCUCCUAUCACUGUGCACAGUACACUAAUAGAACGGUAGCGACUUAACUGAAGCUGAAAAUGUCCUCGGACAGGCUGAUAGAGAAAUGAUCUACACCAAUAAAGCUCUAUAAAUACUCUG